CGGAGAUCCAUCUCAGGCUUCAGUAGGAGCCGCCUGGCAGCCACGGAGCCGCCAACCGCCUUUUAUCCACUUUGAUUACUUAGGGUUGAGUGGAGCCCCGCAGCAUCAGGUAGGCUUUUAGCAUUACAAUAGCUGCAAGGCCACUCUCUCUCUCGAGGGUGAACCUUUCCGCAUUGCAGUAGAUUUGGAUCCCUUGAGAAGAGGAGAGAGUUGAUGGACAGGCAGUGUCAAGUCUGUCAAUGUCAGACGAUGACCAGUAGGCUACCAGUCUUAUCGCUGAAGUAAUAUGUGGCUACUCUUCCCAAUGGGACUCAUAGGGAGAAACAACAGACACAUCAUGGCAGACAUAAUGGGAACUGAAAUCACAGACAGAAUGUGCCAUCUAUGGGUAUUUGGGAUAUUAACCUGUGAACUAUGACAUGUUGAGUAGAAUCACAGCUGAUAUUGAACAAAGGAAACUGUAUCCAUUCACUGAGUAGCCUAGAUCCAUUCGUGUUGUGUGGCUCGAAACGUCACGUUCUGAAUCUGGUGUAAAGUUUAAUAAAGUAUUUCAGAGAAGUAGCACGCCAUAUUCAUAUAUCUGCUAAUCCUAGGCCUAAAGUUAUCAAGAAUCAUUUGAUAACUGCUGUAGGCUGUAAAGAAAUAGGAAUUAGGCUGUUAAAACACAUGCAGGCAUCACACACAAAUAGGUCUACACAAACACCUCAACAUUAUUUGUGCCUUCCCUAUGCUAUCUUGCUUGUGUGGAUUCUAGACACAACUUCAUAUAUUUAAUAUAUUACAGUCAGCAAGGCAUAUUUCAUAAUUCUGUUCUUCACUUUGUUUUUCAAAUGCUGCAUUGCACGCACACUGCGUGACCCGACUUUGUAAUAUUUACUCCUAACCCCUCCCCUUCUCAACCAAAACCAAUUCAACUUAUCAGGCGAGACUGAACAAAUCUUGCAGCACUCGUGUCCUAAGUGGGUAGGAUACUGUGUAGUGGGAACGUUGGCAUGGUAACAGUUGUAUUCCCCUUUGGCACCAUCAGAUCGGAAAUAAAUGGGUCAUGAGACGUAGUCUACGCAGUCUUACUAGUCGAAAAAGCUACAUCUGAAGAACCCUGAAUUUCCCUUGUCGAGUGUUGAAGCCAACUCGCACUCUACUGACGCUGACUCAGCUGUUCCAGAGCGCUGCGCAAACCAGCUUGCAGUCAGUCACACCAGACAGCAGAGUGAACGUACACCGGUCCCUCGGUGUCGGAGCAUGUGUUGGUCAGAAUAGUGCCGAUAAUCUGACAGGACAAAGUUACCGUUUGAACUAUUGAUCUACAAAUUGAGAACUGAGGGGAAAUUGUAUGGACAUUGUACACUCAGGCGAUCAAUUCUACGCAUUUCCCCACCAGGAUCUGGGACGUUUGAAAAAGCAAAGAAGUCCAUGUGAUGCGCACAGUGAACAUCGCCAUCAGUGACUGCAGUUCCUCUCUCCAACACUCCCUGCACUCUACAAGCAGGAAGAGGCAUAGUUAUUCGUUGGAAACGGGAUGGUUAUCACAGCGAAAAAAUAAACAUCACUACCCACUUUGCGAAGGUUGCUCGAAAAUUAAACCAGAGGAUAAAGCUUGCUCGGUUCAUACGGACAGGUCUGGUUACAACGUGACUUGGUCAAGUCACCCCGAAUGAGAAGUUCUCCGUUCUGUGAAAGGGGGAUUUAAAUCUACCACAAUGAAUUUUGUAAUGAAAGCUGCGUUAGGAGGGGCCGGCAAGGAUGUGGGUAAAAUGCUGGGCGGGGAGGCGGAGGAGAAAGACCCUGAAGCUGAGAAGGAGAAGGAAGAGGAGAGACAGGAGGCUCUGAGGCAACAGGAGGAGGAGAGGAAGGACAAGUAUAACAAGAUGGAGGCCGAGAGGGAGAAAGUGCGGCAGGGUAUCAGAGACAAGUAUGGCCUUAAGAAGCGUGAGGUGGUGGAGGCUGAGGCCGAGGCAGCCAUGGAGCAGGCGUCGGAGGGCUCCCUGACCCGUCCUAAGAAGGCCGUGCCUGCAGGCUGUGGGGAUGAGGAGGAGGAGGAGGAGGGCAUCAUGGACACAGUGAUGAAGUACCUCCCUGGUCCACUGCAGGACAUGCUCAAGAAGUAGCCAGACCCAAUCAGUGGCGCCUGACCUGACCUGUACCGUCCCUCAACCCCACCCCCACAUCAGCAAUCCUGCCAGCUCCACCCUCACAUCCCCCACUGCAGAACAGGUGGGAACGGCAGUUUGGCAGUAGGAUGUCAUGUUUGCUACACUCCCAUGUUUAAGUGGCAAAAGUGAUGAGAUAUAAAACACACCUAUCUCUGUCCCCGUAUGCUAUCCAAAACCUUCUGGCUAUUGUCGGCUUCAAGAUGAGGCAUCACAAUGACUCAAGUUUUUGAGCAUGGCAUUUUGCUGUUUGUUCGUUCAGUUUGGCCAUCCUAUUAGUUUGAGAGCCAGUAGUAAUAUGGAAGAGCCUGAUGGCCUGCUGUAUUCCUGCUUAGUCAACACUCUUAGUAAUCACACUGUGCUGAAAUAGUGAGCAAUCAAACUGCUAGCUCAAACUGUGGAAGCAGAAAUUAAGCGGUCAGGUUUACCUUGGGCACUUCACCAUAGUGACAUUAAGCUUUAGAUACUUUAAAUCUGCAAAUGAAAGGGCACUUUUAUUUCCCAAGUUGAAGUGCACUCACACAUACACAGUGUACCCCAUCUUAAUCAUUCCUCUUGACAGAUUUGUAAAUAAUCUCUAGGUUGCAAUAUUAAGUUAUGUUUUUAAAAAUAUCCAUAAAGAAUAAAGAAUAUCAGAAUAAAAGCCAUAUUUUAUCUUUGAGGAAAGUCUCAACAUCAUACUCUUAUGUUACCCUGGAAUUUUGCAUUAUUCUUAAUAUGUCUAAAUGCUGCGUAAGCAUAAAGUAUACCUACAUGUAUUUAAUCCUACCGUUUUCUACUAUAAUUUAAUUUUUUAUUCAUAAGUAAAUUGAGAAAAGAACAAAGGAAAUGUGUUCCUGCAUGGUACUGUAAACUUCAUUGUGAAUAUGUGUCGUUGCUCCUAAACUUCACUUUUUCUGUGGAACAUGUAAAAAAAUACCAGUUGUAUAAGGCAAUAAUUUCCAUCAUUUUGUGUGCAACUCUAUAAUAAUGUGCUCAUAAGUAAUAUGACAAGAAUUGAGAUUUUUUUAAGCUUCAGUUUCGUAGUCAGAAAUACCAAUUUCAAACAUCUUCAAGCCUAAACGCAGUUCAUUUGUCCAUAAUCAUUUGUCUAAAUACAUAGUUGAAAUUGAUAAAAGAAAAUCAGUAAUAAAUGCUGAACAAGAUGGCAAAACUGCUGGAUCUUCACUUAGAUUUCACCAUGCAGGAUGAAAGAUUCAAUUAUUCUUUGUUUCUUUGCAAAACACUUUGUAUGAACCAAAAGUGACAAAGAUAACGCACUGUUCCUAACUAAUGUAUCUUUUGGUUGGUCAUUUGAAUGUUAUGAGCAAUAAAAGGAUCAUGCUGUAUGCUUGGCUUGCGAAAGAAAAUAAAAUGUUUACCGACACUAAA